ACGCUGCCGCCAACAAACUCCGUCGAAUCGAGAAAGAAAAAGAGAAAGAAAUGGAGAAGGAGCUCGGCCGAGUGCGGGCAGUGUCGUUACCCUUACCCACCCACCACGCCACGUACCUCCCUUUCCCCCUGUGCGCGGCAUCUUCUUCUUCCUUUUCAAAUAAAAAACAAAACAGGCCUACCAGACAGACGGACAUACACCUCCCCCACGAACGCGCACGUAUCAUCAAUUAAGCUCGCCAUUCAUUCAUUCAUUCAUUCAUUCCCUGAUUCUCUCCCGCGACCGAUCGAGCUCUCCACUUCUUCCUCAAUUUCGAAUUGCAUCCAAUCCGAUCGACGGGGGAGUAAUGUCCGGGCGCCUGACCCCGCCGCCGCCGCGCCGCGACCGGGAGCACCACCCGUCCUUCUCCGCCGCGCUGCUCGACGCCAUCUACCACUCCCUCGACGCCGACGCCCACGCCGCCGCCCCGCGCACGCCCACGGAUCACCACCGCCGGGCGGGCGUCGCGUCGCCCUCAUCUCCAAGGGCGUCGUCGUCGCAGCGGCCUCAUCCCGGUUGCCCAGCAACGACUCGCCGCCGUUAUUCCAGUUCGACCGCCUCAUCAUCCUCGCCGUCCGCCCGGUCCCCGCGGCGGCCCUGCCGCGUCCGGCCUGACCCGCUGCCCCCGUCGCUUCUCCUCUCGCCAAUCCCUCCGCCGCCAGAGGAGAAGCAGAGGAACUGCAGGAAGAAGAAGAAGAAGAAGAAGAAGAAGACGAAGAAGAAAUCGAAAUCGUCGGCGCGGUUCCUGUCGUGCCUCAACGCUCUGCUUUGCAACAGGAAGCCGCCGGUCGCCGAGCACCCGACGGCGGCGGCAGCUCGGGCUGAGAAGCCGGAUCCGGCGGCAGAGCCCAUGGCGGAAAUACCGGCUUCCGCGAGGUCGAUCCUGUCCUCGCGCGCUUCAUGGCGGGAGUCCGCCGCCGUGGGAGGGCAGAUGACUCCGGCGAGGCGGGCGGUGAGGUUCUCGCCGGUUGUCGUGGCGGACGAGGAGCGCCGCCGUGAGCGUGAAGCCUGCAGGACGGGGAGGACGGCGACGGCGGAGGCGGAGAGGAGGGUGGAGGAGCUGCUGCGCGCGCUCGGCGCCGGCGCGGCGGAGGAGAUGAGGGAGAGGGAGAGGGCCAAGGAGAGCAGCGAGUCCAGCUCCGACCUGUUCGAGCUCGAGAGCUUCGCGGCUGCGGCGUUCGGCUUCGACGACGACGACGACUCGGAGAUGGCGCCGCGGACGAGAGCGAGAGCCGCUUCUGCUGCCGGAUUGGCGCCGCCGAGGCCGCGCGUUUUGCUGGACGAGAUGGUUGUAUAGAUUGUCUUACACUCCGAUUUCAGCUCAGAUUGGAUCGUCCCGUUGUAGCAAAAUGUAUUGGUUGCUAAUAUUACUCUUCCUUUAAGAACACAAUCUUCGUCCCAACAUACAAGGGAAAACAGAAUACAGUGGCACUUUCAUCAAAAGUGUGUGGGCUAUAUCAGAGUAGACAUGCAGCCAAGGCCCAAGUGUACUGGUUGGGCUAGUUGGCAAUCCUAAAUCCUA